CGAACCAGCAGCAUCCGCACCUCGCCUGGCCAACGCAAGCCAGCGACCAUUACCAAGCCUGUAAGAUGGGUACGAUGGGCGGCUCCGCACCACGCCUCCAAGCCUCGGCCGUUGACAGCGACGAGGGCAGUUCCGACGACGAGGUUGUCCCCCGGCCUGGUCCGACGAGCCCCCUCCGGCGAAUCUACAUCAUCGACUCUGACGACGAAGUGACGGCGACAGCCACGAGCCCAGGCCAAAGCCCUUCGGCAAAGCAAAAUGGCUCAGUAGCCUCGCCGUUUGACGAGCUAGCAUCGCAGAUGGCCAGCCGGCUCAAUAUAGGCGCUGGACAGACGAAGGACGGUUCAAUUUCAAGGACAUCUGCUGCACAUCACUCAGACGACCAACCAGAGGCUUUGUCGGAUGCCCCAUUCGCCGUGGCCACGAAACCAGGAGCAGUCGACCAGCCCGUGGAGGUCAUUGUAAUAAGCGAUAGCGACGACGAGGUGGCUCGGCCCAUUCGGCGGUCAAAGUCUCCUCAGACUCCGCAGAGCCAGGUCAAGAAACCGCCGGCAUCCCCAAUAUCGAUCAGCGACUCUGACGACGAAGACCUGGAGGAGCCUGCCGAACAUCGCAUCUUCAGCGACAAGGUCAUCGGACGCCCCCGAAGUCCAGAAACCAAACGGACCGCCGAGCAUGCCGAGGAUAUCCCAGUCGCUGCAGCAUUAGACGACAAGACCGAAAAUGGAAACGAAAGCAGCGAUUCGUAUGGGGACGAGGAGCUCAGUCGCGCAUUGAUAGGAUCGAUCAUCGUCUUCGAUGGGACUCCACGACGCACUCGCAACAUCAAGCCCCCGCUGGAUCUGCACCUGCAGGAUGAGCCUCCCAAACCGCAAGAGCCUCGAGUUGGCAUCGUUCCGAUGACACCACGGACGGGCUUGCUCGCCAAAUUCAAACGGCAACGUGAGAGCCUGGCCAUAGGUAUCUACAAGGACGCUAACUGCAAGGUCUUUGGAGACCAGCUCCCACAAGAGCCAGCGAUUGUUUGGAGCGUCAAGUUGAACACGACCGCUGGCCGGUGUCACCAGCAGAUGAAAACGUUGGACGGAAGGCACGUUUACAGUUUUUGGAUUGAGCUGUCUACCAAAGUCAUUGACGACGAAGUGAAGCUUCGAGCGACUUUGAUCCAUGAGAUGUGUCAUGCAGCGUCGUGGUAUAUCGAUCACGUCAACGAUAACCAUGGCAAAGUAUUCAAGGGAUGGGGAAACGCGGCCCAGAUGGCGUUUGCCGACAUCCAAGUGACGACUUGUCACAACUAUGAGAUAUCGUACAAAUACUGGUACGAGUGCAAGAAUGACGCUUGCAAGGCAAGAUACGGACGGCACAGCAAAUCGAUCGACUUGGAUGCAAAAGGUUGCGGGCGUUGCGGUUCGCGGCUAAAACUAUUGGAUAAGCUGAAGAGGGAUGGCACGCCCUACAAGAAGAACGGGUUCCAAGUAUUUAUGAAGGAUAACAUGAAGAAGAUUAAGACCGACAACGUUGGGGCAAGUCACAAGCAGAUCAUGGAGAUUCUGGUUGCCGAAUACCAAAAGAUGAAGGUCACCAAUGAAGCCACAGGCGCAUAAGGCUGGGACUGGGUGCUGGGGUGAAUGCACAACGCGGGAGCAACGCCGGGAGGAGAUGCGGUAAUAUAUAUAGUCAUGUCGGCGAGGGGA